UUAAGGAAUUAUAGAAUGCUUCAAUUUUAUUUCGCAAAGUAAAGUUUGCUUUGACGGUGUUGUAUUACUAAAGGAAAUUUAAUCCAAUAAUAUAAUAGAGAAUUCUUGUGGUCGUGAGUGAUAUUUCAUGACCGUGCUUUACUUUUAAACCAAUGUCAGAUGCCUUAUAUCCUAACAGAACAACUACCCCCACGUCUAUAACAUUUGGAGUCGCGCGGUUCGAGGAUACCCCGGGGGCCUUAAUCUGCCCCCCGGUGAGAUUGAAAAAUAAAAAGUAUCAUGGUCAAGCUUCAGGUCCCGAUUCAGUCCCGUGACGUAGGUGCUAGGGUUUUCAUUUUUUGCCCUCCCAUCUUCCCUUCUUUUCUUCUCACACCCUUCCCCUUCCUUCCCUCUCUUCCCUUCUUCCACUCACAAUUACAGCUACUGCGAGCCGCACAACACACUCCUCUCUAUUUCCGUAUGUCUUCCCCUUAUUUCAAUUUUUCUAAGUCGCUAUAUUAGUGUUGCCUGAAGCUUAACAUUCUUCCCAGAUUUUUUUUUUCCGGGAAAAAAAAAAACACCUUCCAACUGUUGCCAACCUGUCACAAACAUGAACUUCAAUACCUCUGAUGCUCUUAUUGAGAGCGCUAAGGAGAGAGAAGAGAGAGAUGCUAAUUGUGUCUUGCAACAAUGUCGGUAUUCCCUUUUCCUAAAAUAGCUAUAUAAUUCCUGCCUGCUCUCAUUCUAUUUUCAGAGAGCUAGUUAAUAUCUACUCUCACUGCUUCAUAAUCAAAUAGUAAUUAUACCACUGUGGGCUCUUCCUAUUGAAGACUGCAAGCUGCUUCAUACUUGUUAUAAAAAUCUCUUUUUUUUUAAAAAAAAAAAAAAAAGUAAAAAAAAGAAACUCAACUAACAACCAUACAGUCCCUGGUGCUACCGGCCGUAUGAUGGUCAAACUCGGUAUCCGCACCACCGUCCGAGGCUGGAUCCUCACCAAGCAGAUUAAGAAAAUUGCCAGGGACUACAUCCAGGACAGCGACGUUUUCGCUUCCACCGCCGAUAUGAGAAAGGAUAUCCCAACCGUUAAGGCCGAGAAAAUCAGAGCUGCGGAACACCUAAUUGCUGUCUUGGAAGACAUCAUGCCGUGGAUCAAACCAUCCCCCUCCUCCUCGGACUCCACCACUAUCGACUGGCCAGAGGAGCCGAGUUACCAGAUCAUCAGCCACGAACUUUCGCUUUAUCGUGCUGUUCGUGUUCGCCAGCAGAAGACUCAGGGAUUGAUUGCCAAGUACGAGGCACAGGCCAAAGCGCUUGAGCCCUUUACUGGAUCUUUUCCUGCAACUCCUAAGAGUGGGGAAGCAAGCACUGGAAAUGGCUCCGAGAAUACUGAUUUGGGAAACGGGGGAGGACAGAUUGUUUGAGGGAAAAAAGAAAAAAAAUCCUACCAGUAUUGGAUGGUGGUUUGGUAUGGACUUGAAUUGCUGCUGAGUUUCUGGUAGUUGCUUGAGUUCUUUUUCUUCUCACUUUUUAUUCUCUUACUUGUAUAGGACAUCUUCUAUACCCAAAAUGACAAAGUUUCGCCGGAGUUGAGUGGUUGCUGCUUUUUUCUUCCUUCUUUUUUUUCUCCCGCCCCCCUCUUGUUGUUGUUUUGGUUCAAUCUCUCUUCUUGCUCCCGAUGCUGAGUGGUAUGAUCUUGCGGUAGCAAACCCUGAGAGGUGCUAAAAUGAGGUUGACACAAGGUUGUUGAAAUUAGAAUAGCUCUCAGAAAACAGAACCCAUUCCAAAUAGUCUCAAAUCAUCUGCAGGAAGCGACAGCAUCGAUCAGUGAAUUAGCACUGCAUCAUAGCAGAAGUGAAGUAAACUCAACAAGUACUCAGAUAAACUCCCACCAACAGUGGAGGGAAAAAGAGGUAACGGCUCGAAAUUUAUACCAUUCCCACAUUCCCACGCUAUCUCUCAACAAACGCGUGAUCAUAGAAAACAAAGAAACAAGAACACUCACUACUGUAGUCCAAAACUGGAAAAGGGAAAAGUAUCACAACAAAGAAAGCUAAAGUUCUCGAACAGAGGUAAAGAAAUUCCGUAAAUGUCGUUUGGUCAGAGGGAAAACACCAGCGCCGGAUGAGCUGGUGGGGGGAGGGGGGAAGAAGGUGUUACUAUCAUACGGUAAAACACAAUUACAGCCUGCGGUCAAAAGGAUCGGAAAACAUGCAAAUCAAG